AUGGAAUUAAGAUUCGAAGAAUCUUGCAAAUUAUUGGCUAAUAUUCUAAACUCAACAGGCAUGAUCGUUAGUUCAGAUGAGAUCAAACUUUUACGAGAAAAAUAUCGACCUGAUUUUACAGACGUUGCUUUGAUGCCAGGUGCUAAAGAACUGGUCGAGUAUUUGAUAAAAAACAGAUAUAAAAUAAUGAUAGCCACUAAUUCGACCCGUGUGGAGUUUGAUAAUGAUUUUAAUGUUCAAGGAAAAAACAAUAAUAUUGCACCAGUUCAGGUUAUGUUUUGUUUAAAAGAAAAAAAUGCAAAGAAAUUGAAUUCUCAUCAUUGGUCUUUUAAUACUUUUGCUCCUCUUUUGAAACCAAAAAUUUGUAUUUUACUUGAU